AUGAUUACAGUACUGCGGUGCCGCCUGCGCAACUCGUACCCCGUGCGUCGUACAUUUUCGUACAGUCUCCAACCCCAAGCCGACCAACGAUCAAGCCUGUCUGUCUGUCAUCCAUCCAUUUAUCCACCCCAUCCAUUCAUCCAUCCGUCCACUCGUUCACCACCCACCCAUCCGCUCGCCCAUCCAUCCAACCAACCGCCAACCAACCGCCAACCAGCCGCCAACCAACCAUCCAUCCAUUCAUCAACCCAUCCGUUCGUCUACCUGGCCGACCAACAUCCGUCCAACCACCGACCAACCAACCGGCCAACACCGUCGCUCCUCGUUGCAUCAGCACUCGCCCGCCCGAGCUCGCCUCCCGCCGCUGCCGCCAACCAGACGUCAGCUCGCCGGCCCCCCUCCGUGCUCGCAGGCGCGCAGCUACCCCAAGCUCGAGCAGGCAAGCCGUCGUCACACCACCCCGUCGUCGUCAGCCCGCCUCCCGCCGGCAACGCUCCUCCCCACCAGCGAAGCCGACGUCGACGUCAGUCCGAGCCGAGCCUGGCCAAGGCGAGCGUCAACGGCCCGCUUUGUCAUCGUCGCCCUCGACCUCGAACUCGCCGCCGCCGUUCUUCCUCCUGCGUCAUCGUCGUUUGUGCCUCACGCACCGCUCCGCACGCCGUUGCCUCUCGCCCGGCACCGUCCUCACCCCCCACCCGACGCAUUUUACCGUGCUGCGCGCCCAUCGCUCUCGUGCCGAACGAGCCGGUCGACCUCCAGGAGUCCGCUCUGCCGUGCCGACAUUUCCGCCCCCGCGACGACGACAGCGACGACGACAGCGACGACGAUAGCGACGACGACAGCGAAGACGAAGACGACGACGAGGACGAGGACGACGACGACGACGACAACCACCAUCACCACCACCCCCGGCGCGAGGGUUCCCUCUCCAUCGUCACGACGAGGGCUUCCCAUGCGUUAGGCGCCUCGGGCGUUCCCCGCUGGCAAGAGGCAGCAGCGUAUCGACGUCGAUCGGGCUCGCCGCAUCCCCCAUCCGCCCUUUCGGCGUGCCAUCCUCGUGCCCGCCUGGCCGCCCAGGAUGGGUGGGUGUAUGAGCACCUCGAGCGUCGAGGUGGCCGAGCAGAAGAAGAAGAGUCAGGCGAUCGACAAGGCUCCGGCGAGAGCGGCAAGUCGACCAUCGUCAAGCAGAUGAAGAUUAUCCACCUCAAGGGCUACUCGGAAGACGAGCUCUACAACUACAGACCCACCGUCUUCAAGAACAUCGUCGAGUGCGCCAAGGCCGUCAUCGCGGCCAUGCAGCAGUUCGGCAUCGAGCCCCACGACGAGGAGAACCAGCGGCAUGUCGACUACCUGAUGCAGUACCAGGCCGAGUCGGGCCCCCAGGCGCACAUCGACCCCCAGGUCGGCGUCGCCGUGCAGUCGCUGUGGUCCGACCCGGCGAGGGAGCAGCUCAUGGAGCACCAGGCCGAGUUCUACCUCAUGGACUCGGCCGAGUACUUCUUCCAGGAGGUGAUGCGCAUCGUCGCGCCCGACUACCUGCCCAGCGAGAUGGACGUGCUGCGAGCGAGGACCAAGACGACGGGCAUAUACGAGACGAGGUUCCAGAUGGGCCAGCUCAGCAUGCACAUGUUCGACGUCGGCGGACAGAGGAGCGAGCGCAAGAAGUGGAUCCACUGCUUCGAGAACGUCACGUCCAUCAUCUUCUGCGUCGCCCUGAGCGAGUACGACCAGGUGCUUCUGGAGGAGAGCAGUCAGAAUCGCAUGAUGGAGAGUCUCCUGCUGUUCGACUCGGUCGUCAACUCGCGAUGGUUCAUGAGAACCAGCAUCAUCCUCUUCCUCAACAAGGUGGACAUUCUCAAGCAGAAGCUGCUCCGGUCGCCCCUCGGGAACUACUUCCCCGACUACUCGGGCGGAAACGACGUCAGCAAGGCGGCCAAGUAUCUUCUGUGGCGCUUCAACCAGGUGAACAGGGCGCACCUGAACCUCUAUCCCCACUUAACCCAGGCCACGGACACGUCCAACAUCCGGCUCGUCUUCGCCGCCGUCAAGGAGACGAUACUCAACAACGCGCUCAAGGACUCGGGCAUUCUGUGA